UUUAUAUAUAUUAAAAGAGAAAAUGUAAAAUAGGAUGGCAAAGAGACUUUAAAAAGACUUAGAACAGAUGCAAAAGACAUAUGUUGAUUAAUUCAUUGUAAAGAUGCCAAAUAAUGAUAUAAAACAUUGGAUAGUUGGAUUUGAAGGAGCAAAAGGGACUCUUUAUUAAGGAGAGAAAUUCGAGUAAGAAUUGAUAAAGAUAUAUUAGAUUGCAGUUCAAAUUUUCAAAUGAUUAUGUAGCAGUACUUAUUCUUAUUUAGCUAUUUUUUAAUUGAGAUUAGCCAAUCGAAUCACCUGAAGUAAAUAAUAAUUAUAAAAAUAGGUCAUCUUUAUUGGUAAACCACCUGAACAUGAACAUAUAUAUUCAAAUGGAUUUAUAUGUUUAUCAAUAUUAUUUGAUGGUAUAUUAAAAAUGCAAUAAUAUUUUAGAAUGGUCAGCAGCAUUGACUGUAUCAUCGAUAUGUCUAUCAAUUUAAUCCAUGUUAUCAAGUGCUACAAAAAAAGUAAAUAAUAAUAUUAUUAUUAUAUUUUUAGAUGAAACCUCCUAAUGAUGCAGAAUUUGUAAAAAGAUCAGCAGGUAGAGGACCUAAAAGUUUCCUUUGGAGUUAUCAUGAUGAAAAAUGCUGAUGAUGUUGUAAACAAUAUUAAAUUCAAUACCAAAC